AUGUUGAUUUGUGGAAUCAAAGAAUUAUUUUUGGAUUAUAAAUCUUUAUUGUUUAAGAUAUUUAUCUACAUUUCGUCUUCAGUAAUUAAUUAUAAAGAUUGUUAUAUAAUUGAUGUAGAUUUUAAUUCGGUUUAUUAUUUAAUAAUUUAUUAUCAAAAUGUAAAAUCUUAUAAUGUUGGUAUGAUUACAGCUUUAUCAAAUCGUAUUGGUAAUGUUGCUUUGGUGUUGUCAAUAGCUUGA